AUGAUAAAAUGAUAAAUAUGAAUAAAACGAAAAUGAAAAGGUGAAAAGAAAUGGCACCAAAUUAUAGUUGCUUGUAAUCCAGAGGCGAAGUUAAGCACAGCCAAUCCCUCCAUUUCUGUCAAUUCUAUAAUUAUCUCAACGUUGAAUCCCCUUCCACAAUGGAAGACCGCCAAUCCCUCUCUCUCCCUCUCCUUCCCGGCACCAGCGCCGCCGCCACACCCACUUCUCCCAACCAAUCCCCCUUCCUCUCCAACCACGCCGUCGCCGUCCGCCUCCUCCUGGUCGCCUUCAUCGGGAUCACUUCACUCUGGGCCAAUCACGAAGCCUCAAAAGGCUUCGCCGUCACCAUUCUCAACAACGCCAAAGGCUCCCCCGCCGGUCAACGCUUCGAUCUCUUCUACGUCUCCAAUGACGAAGCCACGCGCCUUGUCCUCAACGCGAGUAACUUCGUCGAGAAUCUGAUCUACCCUUCUCAAACCUUUCCAAAGAAGAAAGUUAAGAGCGUGCAUCUCACUCUCUCCCUCCGCGAUCUCCCAUCUAAUGUCGCCGUCGAGCAUCUCGACGGCGGAGUCGACUUUGUCGUUUAUUUGAGCCCUUCGAUUUUCAACGACAGAAACGUGAACCACGCCAUGUCAGCUGCGAUUCUCAGAGGGAUGUCAAGCGUGUGGCUGUGGAAUGGAGAGGGCCACGCGCCGCCUUCGCUUCUCGCCGGAAUGGUCGAGCACAUAACCGCAUCGGCCGGAUUUGUCGAGAAGAAAUCUUGGGGUGGGGUCGUUAGCACGAUGAUGGCAUGUGAUCCCAUGUGGUGGAAGGAUAAGGAGCCUACGGAGGUCGCAAUUUUUCUCGGGUAUCAAGAGAGACAGCAGAAGGGUUUCAUCCAACGGUUGAAUCAAGGAUUGAGGUCCAGGUGGCAGGAUCGGACGGUGGAGGAUGCGGUGGGUAUGGCAGGCGAGCGCCAAUGUGAUUCGUUCAAUUCUUCCGGAAUAAAGGUAUAGGCAAUUAGGGGAAUGGUCCCGUCCACAUGGGUCAAUCAUUUGAAUCCAUUAGCGUCCUAGAAUUGCCACGUGCUUCUUUGUUUAAAUUAAAAAAUUUUUCCGGCAUUUCCUCUUACAAUUUUGUCUGUUGUUCAUAAAAUAUCUGGUAAGCUGUGGAUUUGUACAACUCUUGUUAAAUAAACUCACGAGUGCUGAUGCUCUUUUAAAUACUUCUUUCCU